AUGAUGCCGUCUGCUGAUGAUCCCCUAGACUGGACAGUGGAUCAGGUCGUCGAGUUUCUUUGCCAUAGUCAGAAGACGCCAUGGUCCCAGUCGACAACCCCGCCGCCGCGACCAGACCCCGCCACUUUCGAAGAUGCCCUUCGGUCGAAUAUGAUAACUGGGGAGACCCUCCUUAAUGAUAUUGACAAACAGACACUACGAGAGGACUUGGGCUUGAAGAAAAUUGGGUAUUGGAGCACCAUUCUUAUGGCAAUACGCUAUCUUCGAAGUAUAUCGCGGAAAUAUCAGCGUCAACUGCAGAAUCCGUCUCUGGUUGAACAGAGUCCCAGCAUCUUUGUCCCAGAGGAACCAAGAGUGGACUCAAGCGUCGCUGUCAACGGAGGAGCUACCCAACCUUCUGGGCUCUCCACUUCAUCACCUCCCGGGAACAGCGUAGAGAGCGCUGUCCCUGACCCACAUCUUCGUGCUUGCGAACAUUAUGUGGUCGACCAACAAGGAAGAAAACGCCGAAAACUUAACCUUGAAGAUGCUACCCCUCAAGCUCCGAUCACUGAUUUGGUCCCUAAGCCUGACGUGAUAUCUCCAGCGCGAGAUAAGACUUGGUAUAUUGGGCCGAAUAAAAUUUCCCCGGCAGAGUUGUUCUACCCUCUUGCGCUGAAUGACGAUGAUGAGGAAGACACUUUCGUCAUGUGCAGCCCAAAUUUCCCCACCGGCCAGCGCUUAUUCGUGAGGGAACAACUCCACCAUUUCUAUUUCCAGCGACCAAUUUCUUUGGGAUCCAAUGAUGGAAUCAGUAAAUGGGCUGUAAUUCCCUACAAUCAUACUUCCGUUGAGAAUAACAGACAGAACUAUUUCACUCUGUACUCCCUCAAAGAUGGGAAAGUCACAGUCCGUCAGGAGAAUGUUGAUAAAUGGCCACAACUCAGUACGAAAGUGACGACCCAGGAUGAUUCAACUGCGCUGAAAUUCUCAGACCCGUUUUCUUAUCUGAUCCAGAAAUACCCGGUCCAAGAAGGGAACGAAGAAGCCUACCCCCUGUAUGGGGACUCUGGCUCUGAAGGAGUAUAUGACGAAGAGACAUGGCUUGAAAUUGAAAAUGAACAGCAGGAACCACAUCAAGGUAAACAGGAACGGCUGUCCGCCGCUGAAGUUGACUUAAUCAUCGCAAAAUGCGUGAACGAUAUGGAGGAGACUUGGCAUCAAGAUCACCAACCGAAAGAGGAGAGAAAGGCGCGAAGGCUUUGGUUAACCGCAAGAAGAUUUAAUUCCACAAAUCAACAGAUAAAGGUCAUUUCGCGCGAUAUAUUCCUUCUGGAACGCCGCUUGCGGAAAAUACAAGGUGCCAUCCGCGAAAGCGAUUAUGCUACAGUAUCGGAAUUGCAAAUGCAAUGCCAGAGCAUGCAGCAGACCGUUUUCAAUAUUCAGGUGCAGAAAUGGCGCAUAUCAAUAUUGGAACAAGCAGUGUGUCCUCCCAGAGUUGUUGAUAUUCCAAAACGCCUACCGGCACCAAAGCCAAAACCCAACCUGGAGGAUGGUGAAUCGUUGUAUUCGGAAUCUGAUGGUGAUUCUGGUUCUCUGGACGAUUUCAUCGAUGAUGAUACUGUCAUAAAUGGCGACAUUUACAACGGUCAAGUUCUGCCCGGUUCCCCUCCGAGAGAAGCCCACAACCUGCAGGCUGAAGAGACUUCAGACAUUUUGCCUCAAUCACACAUUUCACCAUCAUCAUCUGAUAGCGAUGCCAUUCUUACCCCUUCUGCGACCAGGCGAAAGUCUAGAAAGCAGAGCACGGUCCUACGGCAAGAAGAUCGAAAAGCCUGGCAUGCAACCGUCCCUAUUGAACCUGGCUCUCCUAUGCACGAGGAUGCCAUAUCCCCCGAACCUAAUAAUCUUGCGGAUAUUGAAUGUAUCGAUCUUACAGGGGAUUCUCCACCAGAAGUGGAUGAUCUGAGAAUCGAAACGCCUCCUCUUAAUCCGUCUCUGCCGAAGAUGUUGAACUCUGCUCAAAAAAAAGUCAAAAUAGAACGAGGGCCUUCUACGUCACCGCCACCUGACCUUGGUUUGAGUGUGUUCGUUGAGAUUUCCAACAGGAAAACCACCGAUGACGGCAGAUUACGCGACACCAAAACUGCGGACAUCGAUUUUGCAGGGAUCUCACGCAUGGACUGGGAGUCUCUCGAGGAACGUCGGGAUCGUCGAAGAAUUUUAGCGAAAUUGGUUAAAGGCCUGCCACGCGCAGAGCAGGAGAAUAUGACCAAGAGAAUUCCUCAUUAUAUUUCAGGCCUUCUGCGGAAACAUGUGUUAAGUGCCUUAAAGGCAUUUUCAAAUCACCACGAUAAAAUUCGGGGCGUGGACGAUGAGGACCAAGAGCUUGUCAAGCGGACUGCAUCACUUUACGUAUCUUGGGUGAAUUGCAAGCAUUAUGAGCAGGAAGGGCUUCCCAAGAAGGAUGUUACAGAAGCUAAAAAAGAUCAGCGCAGCUUCACGCCAUUUCAUAAAGCGCUUACUCACUGCCUCGUUGAAUUUGAGAAGUGGACCCGAAGCAAAGGCAGUGGCACACAAGCUGAGCAGGCAUCAUCGGGAGACGAGCUCUCAGCCUUGUCCAGCAUACCUCACAAGAAGCGUAAAAGAGAGGUCAAGGAAAGUCAGGAGGUCAAGAGGACCCAUGAAACUGCACAACUACGUGUUGCCAUUCAAGAUCGGCAAAAGAGACGCCUGGAACGGAAAUUGGAAAGCAUGGGCUUGAAUAACAACGAUCCCACGCAUCAAGCUGUCAGCUUUGGUAAUCCGAUCAUCUACCUCGAUCCACACAUAGGCCGCCGCAUUAAGCCGCACCAGCUCAAUGGAGUCCAAUUUAUGUGGCGCGAACUGAUAGAGGAUGAGAAACGUCAUGGAUGUGUUUUGGCCCACACAAUGGGCUUGGGGAAAACAAUGCAAGUAAUAUCUCUUCUAGUUACAAUCUCCGCAGCGGCUACCUCGCCUGAUCAGAAUGUCGCCCAGCAAGUCCCAUCAUGCUUUCAUCGGUCACAGACUCUAAUCUUGUGUCCAUCUUCCUUGAUUGAAAAUUGGUACGAAGAGUUCCUCAUGUGGUCGCCAAAGGAGAACCAUCUUGGCCCCCUUCGAAAGAUCACAAGCUCGAGUGCGGUUGCCGACCGAUUACAGGAACUAUUUUCUUGGGAUGAGGAAGGUGGAAUCUUGAUAAUGAGCUAUGAUAUAUUCCGGAUAUGGAUUCUUAACAAGGAGACGAAGAGCAGAGGAAAGCCUUUACAAGAUGCCUGCCACGAGAGGGUUAGGCAAUGUCUCUUAGUGGGACCAAACAUCAUUGUCGCUGAUGAAGCUCAUAAAAUGAAGAAUCGAGCCUCUGGGAUCGCUACGGCAACCAGUGAAUUUCGGUCCAAGAGCCGUAUUGCCUUAACUGGCUCUCCCCUUGCAAAUAACCUCGGUGACUAUUACUCAAUGGUUGACUGGAUCUCACCUGGUUACCUUGGAAAUUCAGUGGAAUUCAGGGCCAACUAUAUAGAGCCUAUCGAGGAAGGGCUCUACGCCGACAGUUCACAUCGUGAACGAAGAAAAUCUCUAGUGAAACUUCAAGUUCUUAAAGAGAUUCUUAGCCCCAAGGUCAACCGCGCUGAUAUCUCUGUUCUUGCCGGCAGUCUCCCACCAAAGGUCGAGUUUGUCAUCACCGUCUCCCUAACCGAUUUACAAAACAAAGCCUAUAACUCGUAUGUUGAAUCCGUUUAUCAGAAAAGGGGAGACGUUGGAAAUGCGCAGUUAUGGUCUUGGAUGGCAAUACUUUCAUUAUGCUGCAAUCAUCCGGCGUGCUUUAGGGAAAAGCUUCUCAGCCAUGCAAAUGACGCCGCCAAAUUAAGCAGAAAAUCAGAGGACUUCGACAACGAUGUGGUACCGGGCGACGAACCUAUUGUUCAAGCUGGGCUUCCGGAAACGGUCGUCACCAACCAAGAAGAGCUCUUCUCUGCCGUCCCUGAUAUGAAAGCCCUUGAUCUUUCGUACAGGGCGCAAAUUCUAGACAGAAUUGUCACGGAAUCAAUCAACGCGGGCGAUAAAGUCUUAGUGUUCUCUCAUAGCCUCCCCACACUCGAUUAUAUCGAGUACGUCUUGGGGGUUUCUGGGCAUAACUAUUGCCGUUUAGACGGACAGACUCCCAUCUUUAGCCGGCAGGCUGCUACCAAGCGGUUCAGCACAAUUGGUUCUGAGCAGGUCUAUCUGAUUUCAACGCGCGCAGGAGGAUUGGGUCUUAAUAUUCCCGGUGCAAAUCGUGUGGUAAUAUUUGACUUCUCGUUCAGCCCGGUUUGGGAAGAACAAGCGGUUGGGCGCGCCUAUCGGCUGGGUCAGCAAAAACCCGUCUUCGUUUAUCGCUUCCUUGCUGGAGGGACGUUUGAAGAGGUCAUUUAUAACAAAGCUAUCUUCAAAACACAGCUUGCCUUCCGUGUGGUUGACAAGAAAAACCCGGUCCGUUGGGCGUCGAGAUCGCUCGGAGAGUAUCUCUUCCCUGUAAAGGAGGUGGAGCGACAGAACAUCUCCGAGUAUGUUGGGAAAGAUCCACAGGUUUUAGAUAAGAUUAUUGCCGACGAUCAUGAAGGGGUAAUUCGCAAGAUCGCUCUCACCGAGACGUUCCAGAAGGAAGAUAACGACAAGCUGACCGAGGAGGAAAAGCAAGGUGUUCAGAAGGAAAUAGAGGAUGAACAACUUAAGCGCACGGACCCAGUCGCAUAUGAGAAACUGAUGAGAGAGAGGCAACAGGAAGAAGCCAUGAGGAUAGGAGCAACCAUGUCGAAUCUCGGCACCAGCUACCAUUAUGCCGCUUAUGGCUCUUAUGCUACCCAACCUCAUCCGCAAUAUAGUAGCACCCAAUACAUGCCUUCCAUGGCACGGAACUACUUACACCAAGCACCUGCAUAUGUCCCUGCCAGUACUCAUAGCCCUGGACCGCUUCCUUCAGCAAGCAAUGCCAGCGGCGUUCAAUCUCCGUCAACACGUGCAACUACAGUUCCAGGAACUCGGCCUAGCACUGAGCUAGCGCGGAGUCAGGACCAGUCACCAUCGUCAGCUCCUGCGGUGGCCCCCCUUGCUAAUCCAACCUCAGAGAAACCUGCGCCUGUUGACGUAUCAUCUGGCGUGCUAAAUGACGCCCCAGUUUCCAAAACCGGGAAUAGUACCAGCGCAAAAGACGCAUCAGCAGAAGCUCGCGAUAUUCCCGCUUCAAGACCCUGUACUCAGCAGUGAUGGAGUCCUCCAGACUACAUUUUCUCUCCUUUUAAUUUCCCUGUCUUCAUCCCUUCCAUAUUCAUGGAUAUAUUGGCCUCGUUAUUCCCGUUUUAUCUUUAUUUGAUAAUUUCAAGUUGAUGCCAAUUAUCCUUCUAGUGCUUGACAUACAGGAUUUAUCGUCUCCUCAGGCUUGUCUUUUCUGCAUGGUGCAGCAAAUUGGUUAAUUUGAUUUUCAGUUUGUUUCAACGGGCGCUCAGGUAGCAUUAAGGGCGUCUAUCAUUUGCUUGUUUUUGGUUCUCAGAAGAGCAUGCGAUUCCCCCAUGUGCCAAUUGAGAUUCUUAGGUCCUCUCAUUCUACUCAUGGAGUUUUUUUGCCCUUUUCUUGUCUAUACAGCGUUGAGUUUUAUUUUCAGUGGAGAUGAUCGUUCUUGGUUUAGAACAAGGGUGAAUAGCAAGAAUAAACGAAUUACCAGAGACAGAGAAAGCAAUUUGCGG